GGCUGUGUGGACAGUGAUGGAUGGCGUGUUGGAGACGGCGGUGGCUCUGGGACUGUGCAAGGUGGCCUGUAGUCUCCUGUUCCUGCCCGCUGUCAAGACUUCUCCCAGCGCCGUCAGCCUUUGCUGCAGCGCCCUGCUGCUGUUCACUGACCUCGCGGUAACAGCGUUCCUGGCCCUCCUCUGGCUGCUUGGCUUCUGGCUGCCCCCGCUAACCUCAUCCAGCGACGCCAUUGCCCUGCGCUUCCUGCUCUUCCUCGGCCACACCUACGGCGAGGUGCUGCUGCUGACGAUUCCGUUCGUCGCCGUGGAGACGGCGUGCAGACUGCAGUGGCCCCUGUCAGGUGGAAGAGAGGCAGGCUGCGUGGCGCUGCAAGGGCGAAACAGAGCCACGGGAAGCUGGAGAGGCUGUGAAGAGACGGAGAGACUGCAGGGCGCCUGCACUCACGAUGGACAAAACCCGGGUCGCGGCGGAUGUGGAGCAUGGGACGGGGAGAUGGACGCGGUGCACUGGCAGCGGGAAGGGCAGAGAGAGUCCUUGCUGCACAUCUCUGGGUUCCUUUGCUGUCUGCUCAUCUGGGUGCUGUGCAGUCUGUGCAGCGGUCCUCACUGGGGCCCAGAGGUUCAGUGCACGGAGGCUUGUUUGCUGGCGUCUGGUUCGCUCUCCGCCUGCCUCCCGAACCUCCCUGCGGUGACCCUUCCGGCAGUGAGGGAUCCCUCGGUGACACUCUUCUCCCUGGCUCUCUUAGUGGCCAUGGCGCUGGUCCUCAGGGGCCUUAGGAAGGGCCCGAGUCACUCUAAGCCAUGCCUUCCAGGCCUCGAAGUAGGGAAGAGCAAAUGUGCCCAGAAGGAGGAAUUACAACCGGCCACAUUACACACAUCCCCCGGGACAGCAGUGGUCACGUUAGUGGUUUUGUGCCGGACGCCAGCGGCGAGCGCCGAGGAGACGCCGCACGGGCACCGCUGCCACGGACACGACAUCUGCCACCCCGUCUUGCCCACAUGUGCAGAAUCCCCCGAUGACCACAGCAGUCUCUUCAUCCACCCGCACUCGGGACCCUUGACACGCACGUGCUCCGAGUGCACCGUCCUUCGAUACGUAGCUCGAGCGCUGGACACGUGCUGCCCACGCGCUGCCUCUGCCCCCCACCAAACACCCGACGGCGAGCGACACGCAAAGCACCUCCAAAGGAGGCAGUAUAUUUCCUACUGGGAAGGAAGGCUGAUAACAGCACUCAUGUGUGGUGUCACACUGUGUUUCUUCCCUCCGGCCCUGAGUGUAAACACACUAUUGAUCUGGAGUGUGGAGGGACUGCUUGAAUGGGUCUUGAGGCAUCUACUGUCUAGGUGCGGUGAGGGAAUUGUCGAAAACGAGGUGUAACUCGCCGGAGAGAGACAAAAACGUGAGUCCUACUGUCAACGCUACAGACAGAGGGGAAGAUGGGUUGUAAUGCGUCUUACUGUCAUCAUCAUCAUCACACUGGGAGAGAAGGGGGAGCUUAAAGGGUCUUAUUGUCUUCACAUUCACACCGACUCUCUCUUACACUCUCAGAAUGAUGGGAAGAAGGUUCAACCCCUUCGGUGAUCCCGCGUCUCUGAGUUGUAUGUUC